CGCACGCUUGUGUCUGUCUACGUAACGUGUGUGUGCAUGUACUUGUGCGCGUGUUUUAGACAGAGCACAUCGAGAUACAGUACAGUAGUAAGCCGAAGUGAGGUGGCAGUCUUGGGAAGGAAAGAGAAGGCGAUGGCGUGUGCGCGACUUACUGCAAUGUUUUAAAGUGUUGCUUUUUUCCUACCACGCGGGACACUAGAGGCGUUUAAAAAAAGACUUGCAGUUUGAAGCGCGAGCGUCCCUGCAGUGGAAUAGCAACAAAGAACGGGAGCGCGCAUUGAUGGGACGCGACUUUGACAGCUCUCGGUCUAGUCGCUCGUAAAGUAGAAACAAGAAGGACAUCAUGGCCGAGGCCGCGCUCGCCGACGCCGUGGCCAUAGACCCGGACUUCGAGCCCCAGCAGCGGCCGCGUUCCUGCACCUGGCCGCUGCCUCGGCCGGACUCGAGCGCCGCUAAGCCGGACGCCCACGAUAUCAUCCCGGAGGAAGACGACGACGAUGAGGAGGGUGCCCACCACCAGCAUUCGGCCAUCAACGGUGGUGGCUCCGGUGCAAUCACGGACGACCAGAGUAGCGGCAGCCCGCUGGCCGACGGGGCGCUCUCGUCACCCGGCCAGGAGAGCGGCGGCUCCCCGCAUUCAGCGCACUCUCCACCGGCCAUCUCCGCAGUUUCCGGAGCGCUCACAUCGGGCAGCUUGGCAGUGCAGCAGACCCCCAGGAAGACUUCGUCUCGCCGCAACGCCUGGGGGAACCUCUCGUACGCCGACCUCAUCACCAAAGCCAUCGAGAGCGCGCCGGACAAGAGACUGACACUGUCCCAGAUCUACGAUUGGAUGGUCAGAUCCAUCCCAUACUUUAAGGACAAAGGAGACAGCAACAGCUCGGCUGGAUGGAAGAAUUCCAUCCGGCACAACCUGUCACUGCACAGCCGCUUCAUCCGUGUCCAGAACGAAGGAACGGGCAAGAGUUCCUGGUGGAUGAUCAAUCCAGAAGGAGGAAAGGGCGGCAAAGCUCCUCGUCGCCGCGCCGUCUCCAUGGACAACAGCAACAAGUACACCAAGUCGGCCCGUGGCCGUGCCGCCAAGAAGAAGGCCGCAUUACAAGCCGCGGCGGCCGCAGCAGGCGACGUCAACGGCGACAGUCCUUCAGGACUUUCCAAGUGGCCAGGGAGCCCGACGUCACGCAGCAGCGAGGAACUGGACGCCUGGACGGACUUCCGCUCCCGCACUAAUUCCAAUGCCAGCACAGUGAGCGGUCGUCUUUCGCCGAUCCUGGCCAACCCAGAGCUGGACGAGGUCCCCGAUGACGAGCCUCCCCUCUCGCCGAUGCUUUACUCAAGUCCCGGCCGCACUUUGUCUCCAGGCAACGCGGGCAACGGAAAGGCCGCCCCCGCCGAGCUGCCCCGCCUGGCAGACCUGGCCGGCACAAUGAACCUGAAUGACGGACUCGCUGACGAGCUGAUGGAUGAGCUGGAUAACAUCAACUUGUUGCCGAACACUUCAGGGCAAGUCACUUCAAACGGAACCACGGGGUUCACGUUUGUCCCCAAAUCCAACGGGCUGGGCUCAUCUUCCCCCAGCGCCUCACCUUCGUCCAACUCUCCUUCCAACGGCGGAGGAAACUACAGCAACUCCAUCUUCGGCUCCCACGCGCCAGGUUCCUCCUUGCGUCCGUCCCCCAUGCAAACCAUCCAAGAGAACAAACAGACGUCAUUCUCCAGCAUCGGCACUUCCCGCUUUGGUAGUGUGACGCUACAAGAUCUUCUCAACUCUGACAACCACAGCGACGUAAUGAUGACCCAGUCGGACCCUCUCAUGUCGCAGGCCAGCGCUGCUGCCGUGGUGUCGCAGAACUCACGCCGCGGCCUCAUGCUACGCAAUGAUCCUAUCAUGACUUUCGGAACUGCCGGAGGAAUUCAAGGCAACCAAGGGGAGACGCUACAAAGCAACAACCACAACCACAGCGCUGCGAGGUCCAUCAACAGAGGCCUGAAUCUAGCCAACGAGGUGAACGCCCUGACUAACGCCAAACAGCAGCUCCUGCUUUCACCCUUGGGAGGGAACGGCUCCUCCUCCAUGCAGAUCGACACAUCAAUCUUCUUGAACGGGGCGGUGAGCAGCAACGGAGGUGUCUGCCAGGACCGCUUCCCCACAGAUCUGGACCUGGACAUGUUUAACGGCAGCUUGGAGUGCGACAUGGACUCGAUCAUCAGGAACGAGCUGAUGGACGCCGACGGACUUGACUUUAACUUUGACUCCCUGAUCAACAUGAACGGAGUCAGCAACUUCGCAAGCGCCAAGCAGGCUUCUCAGAGCUGGGUACCUGGCUGAAGACCACGCUCGAGGUCCAAACACACGCCCCCUUUAUUGCCAAAACCAGCCAUCAGCACAACAUUCAACACCAACCCUGUGUUUACACGAUCAACACUUGUCUCGGGGAAAAGAUCAGCCGGACUUUGAAGCGAUCCAAGCCCUUGGGAAGAGCCUCUUGUGAAACAACAUUUUUAAAAAAAGGCACAACAAACUCUUGAAUUAUGCAAGUUUCCUCGUGCAUAAGGCUCUCAAAGAGACGCUACUCAUCAGGUUGGACUACAAAGACAAAUGACAAACGGGUGAACGGCGUGCUUGUUCCUGUUCAAACAAACAAAAAAAAAACUCCCGUGGAGGAACCGUUGUAAAUCUGAACCAGUGCGUUUUUUUUCCCCUGGGAUGUCGUAUUUACCUCUGCUUUAUAAAUGUUCAGUGUUGUUUUUCAGAUUCUCCGUUAUGUGACGAUGCUUCUGUCGAAUAGCGUGCGCACUUCACAACUAAUGCCACGCACUUCCUACAAAUGGCUUGAAUGGAAAAGUUUCAAUGACUACAUGUUGAAUCUUUUACCUUUUUUUUGUUUAAAGCAAAGACAAAAAAAUCACACGGAAAGAAAAUCUCACUCAUGGGUAUUUGUACAGUUGGAGAAGGCUUUUGAAAUUGUUUAUCACAGCAUAUAAUGUAGCGAAAAGUGAAUACCUGUGUUCUAGAGAUGUGAACAUUUCCACAGCAUUACAGGUGCUAAUGUAAAACAGUGUUGAAUCUUGUCCUCGGGGCACCUCGUGCAUUUUAUUUAGUUUAGUUUUGAAUUUUGUGCCGUUUUGACCCUCGUCCUGCAAAACGCCUGAAGAACUGCAGCAACGGCGAUGGGGAGAGGCUGACCCUGUGCAUGAUGGGAGGGGUCGCAAGCCAUUUCUGCCCUCCAUUAAAACAAUAAGCUGUCUCUUCUGUACAUUGCCAAAUUACUUGAAUCAAGCAGUAGGAUAUGCUGGCAGCCAAAAUCACAGCACACAUAUGCACAUAAUGUCGAAACACACACGGUCACGUUUAAGACAAAUUCAAGAAAUGUGUGUGGAGCGCUCGUCAUCAGCUUGGGAUUUUUUGAAUGCAUAAUAUGUAUAGAAACACUCAGGGGAGGGAAGCUUUUUCGAAAGGUAUUUUCAUUCAAUGACACAUUUCCUUGAAUUAAUGUAUCAGUGAUUAUUUGUGAACUUGUAAUCUGUGAACUUUUCGGGCCAAGACUUUUAAGAGGAGGAAAGACAACAUUUGAUUCUGGAUGUGUUGGCCACUCGGGAUUGGAAUAGGAAUAAUGACAGCAAUUAAGUGAGAAAAAGUGGUCAUUUUACAGGAUGAAGUCAUGAUAACAGCUAUGCGUUUAGAAGAGUUUGUUAUUGUUAUUGCACAAAACUUUCGUAUUGUUGCUGAGAAGCACAGCAGGUGCUCGCACUCAUGCAUUACCGUUUACGUGGAAAUUUUGAGAUUGAAACGUCAACAAUUCUUAGUUUUUGAAAUCAUUCACACUUUUUUUCUCGAAAAAAGAAGAAAUACAACUUAGACAUUGCAGCUAGACUAAUUUUCAGGACUUUAUUCCUUCUCAAGUAAUGACUUUUUACUCCCAAGGUGAUUUUAGUCUUGUCAAAAUCAGGCUUUUU